CCUGUUCCUGUACAGUCACCACCAGCUGCUUUUCGUUUCCUGCUUCCUGGUUUUCAGCCUUCUCUGCAUCCCCGUAAGAUCACACCAGUGCCCCAGGCUGCAAAGGGAAAACAGGACCCUAAAUAGGACGUUUAUAAGACUCCAGGACUAGCGAUUUUCACCACAUACUGAACUCAUCUAACUUAACCUAUAGCAUUGCUAACAAUGGCUGCAAUUACAUCUGUACCACGUGGCAAUAAUUUGUACUGUUAUAAAGGAUUCUGUUUUUUAAAAGACAUGAUGCCACCAGAGUAUAUAGACUCCCUACAGGAUUUUAAAAUAAGAGAUGAUGAUAUUUUCUUGAUUACAUAUCCAAAAUCAGGAACCAUUUGGACUCAGCAAAUAAUAUGUUUAAUAUGCAGUGAAGGGCACCGAAAUGGUACCGAAAAGAUCGACACUUCUGAAAGAAUGAAAUGGUUUGAAUGCCAAACACUAAAUCCAGAUUUGGAUUACAACAAGCUUCCUUCACCUCGUCUGUUUGUAUCCCAUUUGUCAGAAACAUUUGUUCCCCAAGAACUGAAAAGUAAAAAGGGAAAAAUAAUCUACGUGAUGAGGAAUCCAAAGGACGUAAUAAAGUCUGCUUAUCAUUUUGAAAACAUAUUUGUUUCAUCAGAAAAGUCACCAGAUUUCAACCACUUUUUUGAGAAAUUUUUGGAUGGAGAAGUUUUUGCAGGCAAAUGGUUUGAUCACUUACGAGGAUGGAACACUCAUAAAGAUGACUACAAUAUCCUUUUUUUAAAAUAUGAAGACAUGAUACAGGAUCUUCGCUCUUCUGUCAAGCAAAUUUGUACAUUUUUAGGAGUAGAGUUAGAUGACGAAGCAAUGGAUAUUGUUGUCAAAAGAGCAACCUUUAAAGAAAUGAAAAAAGAUGCUCUUGCAAAUAGAGAAAAUUUGCCUGAAAGAAUUAUAAAUCGAAAACUUGGGUCAUUUAUGCGUAAAGGCCAAGUUGGAGACUGGAAAAACAUAUUAACUGUGGCACAGAGUGAACUAAUUGAGAAACUAUUCCAGGAAAAAAUGGGAGAUUUAUCACUAAAUUUCACCUGGGAACUCCCUGAAUAAACAGGAAUAGCAUUCAAUUUUUUGUUCCACUUCAUAUCUCAUGAAAGUAAUAUAAUUGCAUUCAGCUUUGUUUAAUAGUAAUAGUUAGAUGUAUUACGUGUAUCUUAUUUUAUAGAUGUUUAUAAUAAAUCAACAAUUUUUUAUCUGCUCUAUAUAUGA